AUGAAUAAGAAAUUAUCAAUUAUUUUCUUAAUUUUUGCAUUAAUUGCUUCAGUUCUUUGUUCAGCUGAGGAUCCUCAUUUAUUCCACUCUAGUUCAACCACAACAACUACUAGCUCUAGUGGUGGUACAAGUGGAACAGAUAGUUCAAUCAAUACUGGUUCAAGUUACAGCGGAUCAGGAAGUGGUUCAGGAUCAACAGGUGGUUCAGGAAGUGGCUCAGGAAGUGGUACAGCUAAAUGGAAAUAA